AUGUCUGAUAAUGCUGCAGCUACUACCCUCAAUGCAAAAGAAUCAACAGGGCCAACUACCCCACGUAAGGGCCCUCCUAAGUUCAAGCAAAGGCAAACAAGACAAUUCAAGAGCAAGCCUCCUAAGAAAGGCGUAAAAGGUUUUGGAGAUGAUAUUCCAGGAAUGGAAGGACUUGGAACAGAUAUCACUGUGAUCUGCCCCUGGGAAGCUUUCAGCCAUCUGGAACUUCAUGAAUUGGCACAGUUUGGAAUAAUAUAAUCACCCAAAAUUCCUGCUUGGCUCUGAUGGCAUCUGAAGCUCUUAUCUUCGUUACAUA